AUGGCUCCGCACCCCCCGUUCGCAGGCGGCGGUGUCGUCACCUUUGACCACCCGUGCGACUACUUCACCGCCGGCAAGGUCAAGGCCUGCACCCUCUCGCUGAGCGUGCUCGUCGCCAUCGAGAUGUUCAACGCCUUCAAUGCUCUGUCUGAGGACAACUCACUGCUGACCCUGCCGCCCUGGAGCAACCCCUGGCUCUCGGUGGCCACUGCCGUGUCCCUCGGCCUGCACUGCCUCAUCCUCUACGUGCCCUUCCUCGCCGACAUCUUCUCCAUCGUGCCCCUCACACUUCCCGAGUGGGGCCUGGUGAUGAUCUUCGCGCUACCGGUCAUCCUGAUUGAUGAGAUCCUCAAGACACUGGGCCGCCGCUUCUUUGGCGUCAAGCACACGCGGCGCGCGUCCCACGCCGGCGGCGGCGCGGCGAAGCGGCAGAAGGCGGAGUGA